AUGGCCGCGCGUCUAACAAAAAACCCAGAAGUCAUGAGGUUCAUCGUGCGCGACAUCGUGAAGAUCUACCGCAAAGACUUCAUAGUCGGAGACGGUAUGAUAGACCUCGAGAAGAUGCGCCUUACUCAAGUUAUUGUCUAUUUCGAGCCAUGUAACUGGGACCACGCAGCGCCUAAGAAGUUUGCAGCACGCGAGGGAAAAUCAAUGCCCGGUAGUCUGCGCCUUGCGCGCGUACAGGACGCUACGCUUUUACUGAGUGAGGACAUGCCGAACCCGGAUCCGUUGGCCGCGUCUGUUCGCAAGGUUUGGCUGCAGCGACGAGAAGAGGAUUACCCAACGGUCGUCGUGCAGUUUUGGUGCCAGUCUGCGAUCCACCUCACGACGGUGAAGGUCACGCCCAAGGACGUAAAUGAUUUCCAUUCAUUGAAGUCAGAACUACGUAUCUUUCACGAAUUGAAACAAAUUGUGGCCAACUCAAUGGUUGGGGGUGUCGAGUAA